GAAAACAGAGUAAUAAUAAAAAAAAAACAAAAAACAAAAAUCAGAACACAAAAUCUGAUGGCUAAAACUUUUAAGAGUGUUGCUUGAAGUCAUGCUGUUAGUAAAUCUAACCUCUGACCCCGUGUUUAAUCAAGUCUGCCUUACACUUGAAUAUGGGCAUUUGUUGGUUGUUUUUAGAUAUGUGGGCAGACAUAUUAAGGGCAGAUAUGAAAUUCAAGAAACAUGGUUUAUAAUGGAAAAAAUCUGGAGCUUGGGGGACUCAUGUUCUUAUUUGAAAUGACCAAUCAUGUACCUUUGGGCAAAUCAAUCUUUUCAGGUCUCAGUUUCCCUUAUAUAUACAAUGAAGAAAUUGAACAUGAUCUCUUGAGUAACUGCUAGCUCUGUGGCACUAUGGAAGUACACACAUAGAACAAGCUGGAUAUUUAUAUUACAUGCAUUUAAUAAGGUUUAAAGUGAAUUACAAGGACUUCCCUGGUGGUGCAGUUGUUAAGCCGCCUGCCAAUGCAGGCGACACGGGUUCGAACCCUGGUCCGGGAAGAUCCCACAUGCCGUGGAGCAACUAAGCCCAUGCGCCACAGCUACUGAGCCUGCGCUCUAGAGCCCGUGAGCCACAACUACUGAGCCCACGUGCUACAACUACUGAAGCCCGCGCACCUAGAGCCUGUGCUCUGCAACAAGAGAAGCCACCGCAACGAGAAGCCCGUGCACCACAACGAAGAGUAGCCCCCGCUCACCGCAACUAGAAAAAAAUAAAAUAAAAUAAAUAAAGUCAAUGACAAGGAAAUUCAGGCAGACAAGACAGAGAAAGGCCACAGGGUUUUCAGAAACUAUUUCAUCGUGAUCUCACUUCCCUUUUGUAAAUAACCAUUGGCUUUUAAGGUUUCCAGACAAAAGUUACUCUCCCAGGGCUGAGAUUGUUUGGGUCUGAGAUGUUACCUCAGUGAUGGAGAGUGUGGCUGGAACUCAAUACUUUCUGACAGUUAAUGCCCGAAGCCUGUGGGGUGGGAGGAGAGGGGACAUCUUGUGUAUAUGAGAGGAAAUAGAACAUUGAGGUCCCCUCAGUUCCCCCCACAGGAGGGGGAAGGAAGCAUUGCAGAAAGGAAUGCAUUUUUCCUAAGUGGAAGAGUUUGGAAGUUCAGGUCAAAGUCAGAAUAUUAGAGCAGGGAGCUGUGCAUAUAUCACCUAGCACAAUUUUCUCAUUUUAUAAACUUUAUAAAUGAGGAGGCAGACCUAACAAGGUUAUAUGACAUAGCCCAAUUCGUGUUAGAGCAAAGGCUAAGAAUUAGGCUCAUGACUGGAGUGGAAAGGGCACCUAAACAUGAGUAUAAGGAAUAGAACAUUCAUAGUGGUAUUUCCCACCUCCUAGUCCAGUGCCUGACACAUAGUAGGUGCUUCAUAAACAUUGGUCACAGGACUCACCAGUUGGCUGACUUGACUGAAUGAAUGCAUGAGUGAUACGUUUCUACCUGUGUUUCCAAUAAAUACUGUCCAUUUCAAACAGAGGACUAUAUAUUAUUUCACCAGAGACAGUAGAGGGCUCACUCUACUUGCCAAGAGACACUUGAUGAAGUAAUCCUUUUCUUCCUCUGAUUGUUGCUUCCUCUUUGUUGAUGCGGACAGAAUAAAUGUCAGAGUCCUCACAGGAUGUGUGUGGUCUAGCAUAGGAGAGAAGCAGGGUUUCCUUUGCCGUCAUCAUAGACUUGACAGUGUUAAUAGAGGAGUGAUUGGUCGUCAGACAUCUGGUGUGCUGGGCCUGCAGUUGGGAGAGUGGCCACUGCUCCUGUGACUGGGGAGGAGAGACAGUUCCAGGAAGUACCCAGUUCAGCUGGAGAAUUAAAACGGCACCUAAACAGAGCCAUUCUUUGCCUUUUCUUCUUCAGAACCCAUGUUUUCACAUUUUUCCUUUGACUGUGUCCUGCUCUUGCUGCUACUACUUACAAGGUCUUUGGAAGGAGUAUACGUGUCUGAGGUGGGUCAGGAUGCUGAUCUGCCCUGCGCCUACUCUCCACCCACCCCUGAGGAUCUCGUGCCUGUGUGUUGGGGCAAGGGACCCUGCCCUUUGUUUCAAUGUCACAGUUUGGUACUCAGCACUGAUGGAAGGAACUUGAGCUAUUGGACAUCCAGCAGAUACCUACUAAAGAGGAAUUUCCGCAAAGGAGACGUGAGCUUGACCAUAAAGAAUGUGACUUUAGAGGACAGUGGGACCUAUUGCUGCCGGAUCCAAUUCCCAGGCCUCAUGAAUGAUCGAAAAUCAAACCUGGAGUUGGUCAUCAAACCAGUAAUUUCUGCUGCCCCUUUGAUUCCCUGCAACAAGCUCUCUGCUCUCAGAGAAGCCUCAUCCUUACAUUGGUUUCUGUCUUUAGCCAAGGUCAACCCUGCUGGGACUCCAUGGAGGGACAUCACUACAGCCUUUCCAAGGAUGCUCACCACCGAGGGACCUGGCUCAGAGACACAGACACUGGAGACCCUCCAUGAUAAAAAUCAAACAGAAAUAUCCACACUGGCUAAUGAGUUACAAGACAUGGGCGCCACCACCAGAAUAGGCCUCUACAUCGGAGCAGGGGUUUCUGCUGGGCUGGCUCUCGUUCUUAUCUCUGGUGCUUUAAUUCUCAAAUGGUAUUCUGAUAGCAAAGAGAAGAUACAAAAUUUAAGCCUCAUCAGUUUGGCCAACCUCCCUCCCUCGGGGUUAGCAAAUACAGCAGGAGAGAGGACACAUCCAGAGGAAAACAUCUAUACCAUUGAGGAGAACGUAUAUGAAAUGGAGGAUCCAUACAAGUAUUACUGCUCCGUCAGCAGCGGGCAGCAGUCCUGACAACCCCUGGGCUGUUGUCUUUCAACGCCACCAGAUUCACCACUUCCUUUUGGGGUUUGGUGUUAUCUUCUUUGAAAACUAUGAGAUGGCUCACCUGACUGGUUUUAGAGGUUCUGUCCUUGGCCACUGAGCAGAGUUUUUCCAUGUUCUAAAGAUAAGGAGCUCACCCGAGGAUUGAACUGGGACCAGCAUUGUACUUAGACAGGCACAACAUUACCUCUGUGUUCCCGCCACCCAACUCGGAGGCUGCUAAUCAGGGCAUUAGAGCUCAAAUGGGCUUUUAUAGAGAGUAGGAAUUCUUAAUAUGGGGUCUCUGGAAUUCCAGAUAUUCAGUUAUAUGGUGUGUCCAUGAAGCUUCUGAAAAUACAGGGGAAAUUAUGUGCUGA